GCCAGGGUUUUUUCAGCAACAUUUUGUAGCGGCCAGCCAUUUCCGCGGGUUGGAGCAAAACCGCAAUCCGAUUUGAGGGCCUGGGGCGGCAAACUGCGGGAGGCGACGUUACAUGACGACAGCGGGACUUGCGGGGCGGACCAAGCGUCCGCGAUAAUUAAUAAUAAUCUGUUAUUAGGUUUAAAAUUUAAACUCGCGUUUUCUUUUCAUCUUGGACUAUUUUGCUCGAUUGUUUUACUAAAAGGGCGUGAAGAGAAUUAA